UCUGAUUACCAAAAAAAAAACAAAAACAACAACAAACACAACAAAUUAGAAAACAUGACAACCGAACCAAAAAAACCACAAUCAUAAAACGCAACAUCAGAAUGGGAAAACCAUGAUCUUUGACCGUGGCAUGCAUAUGGUGCCAGAUGGGCUGGUUCGAACAUUUCAGAACGUGCUGAUCUCGUAGGAUUUCCACAUACCACGUUCCCGUUCCACGUGCAGUGGGUGGCUUGGCGGUUACGGGUCGGGGGUUCGAGCCCCCUCACUGCCGAGCUGCCACAGUUGAGCCCCUGAGCAAGACCCUUAACCCUCUCUGCUCCAGGGGGCGCUGUAUCAUGUCGGACCCUGCGCUCUGACCCCACCUUCCUGACAUGCUGGGGUAUGCGAAGAAAAGAAUUUCACUAUGUAUAUGUGAUCAAUAAAGACACAUGAUCAUUAUUAUCAUCACAACAGUCUCUACAGUUGACACAAAAUGGUGUGACAAACUAAAAUCCUCCAGACUGACUGGUUCCAGCUGACAGAAAGGCUUUGGUAACUCAAAUAACCACUCUUUACAACCAUGGUGAGCAGAAAAGCAUCUCAGAACACACGACAUAUCGAACCUUGAGGACAGCACAAGACAGUCUUUAUGAUCACAGCAACACCUACUUGUGAUAGUUUUUAGCAGAAUGCAAGGCGGUAUCACAUUCUUAAAAUGUUCGAGCUCUGGAAAUCUGAAACGUAGACUUCUGUAAACACAUAUUCCUUGGCUGUUGAUGACCAUGAAGAACCAAUCAGAUGUAAUGUCUCAUGUUAGAGCUGUUUUUUUUUUCUUUCCCCCAGAUGUAUACAUUAGCUUUAAUCUAGCCAUCGUUUAAUAACCAGCACAGAAAGCCUGUCCAGACCUUUGGGUAUGAGUCAUUAUAUCCAUCAAUAACCGAUUCCAGGUCAGGCAAACACAUACAGGAAUUAUUUCUUAGCCUUUCUUUAUCUCUUUAUCUCUCUCUCGCUCUCGCUCACUCUCUCUGUCUAUGUGUCUCAGUCUCGCUCUCUACCUCAGUCUGUGUUUCUGGAGUGGAGCCCUUGUAGUCCUUAUUGCUGCCACUGGCGUUGCGUGGGUGUUUUGAGUGCAGCGCAUUUGCGCAAGCAGACUCUUUGUACAGCUCCGUGCUCAGAGGGUUGGUGCAGUUUGGAAGGUGGAUUGCAUUCUGAUCAGUCUGAUGAACCAGCUUCCUCCACUGCAGUGUGUUGCCCUCAUGAGAAUAAGACUAGCUUGCCAAGACAAAAGCCCUGAUUUGCUAAAAGGUUCAGACGUGUACCGACAUGUUUCCUCUUACUUUUCACAUCACCCAGUUCUUCUUUGGAAAUGAAAUGCAAGCAGCUCAGUAAAAUGUGCUCACACAUAAAAUAGUGCUCGUUAUUUGGGUAAAUCAGGGUUUCGGAGGUCUCUAGAUGGUUUUUGAUUUAGUCUGCACGUAAUAGAAGAACCAUCCACCGCUUCAGAGUGGUUUCUCAUGCCACCGUUGGGCAGAAUUGAUCCUGAAAACAUGUCGCAAAUGGAAUUCAUCAGGCGCACGUUAGCUAAGAAAAAACGGACCAGAGAUUUUGGACGUGUGCUUUGAUUGGUGGAACAAUGCUCACUCGCCUGUCAGUCUGAUGCUGGCAUCUGAAGUUUGCUUUAUUGGACGUACAAGGCAAAUACUGUAGAUUAAAAAAAAAAAGAAGUAGGUGAAGAAGAUCAUUGCUACGAGUUUACCAUUAGGCAUACUGCUCAACUAAUUAUCAUACAUUUGUUUUACACAUUUAAGCUUUAAGGAUGUGCAGUACUGUAUAUUUCAACGGUGGGCAAAAGAUGAAUUCAUUAUCUAUCCCAUUGGGCGAAUGAAAGCUCCAGUGUGCUGCCCAGGCUACCUGGAAACCUAACUGACUAGACCCUGUGGGUGUCCUCCAGGUUCUCCAGUUUCCUCCUGCUUCCUAGAAACCAUGCCAGUUGGUGAAUUGGCUGAGAUAACUCACCCCUAAGCACGUUGGCUUAGUGGUUAGCACAUUUGCCUCACACCUCCGGGGUUGGGGGUUUCGAUGCCACAAACUCCUGUGUGCACCGAAUUCGCAUGUUCUUCCCGUCCUUUGUGGGUUUCCUCCCCCAGUCCAGAGACAUGCGUUGUACUCUGUCCGGCAUCUCUAAAUUGUCCAUAGUUCCUAACGGGCGUGUGAGAGUGUGUGUGACUGCCCUGCGAUGGGUUGGCACCCCGUCCAAGGUGUCCACCGACCUUGUGCCCAAGAAUCCCCUGGGAUAGCGUCCAGGCUCCCUGUGUAGAAUAAGCUGUACAGAAAAUGGAUGGAUGGAUGGAUGGAUGGAACUCACCCCUAGGUGUGAAUGAGUGUUCUGGUGCCCUGUGAUGGACUGACAUCCCAUUCAGGUUGUAUUCCCAACUCACGCUCAGUGUUCCCACGAUAGACUCUGCAACUCCAUGGUUAUUAAAAUAAAAAUAAAAAAAACUAGGGAGUGUGGGCUCGGAUAUGCAGCAGUCAAACAACGCAUGUUUAGAAAUGAGCAUAUCACACACACACACUCGCACUUUAUCACUACAAUCGCACUUUCUUCUGGAGCUGAACACUCAUAGCGUGUUUUCUAACCUUAAAAUAACUCGGUGUUACGUUCCGCUCUGCCUCUGUGCUCCUGAGAUGCUGAAACAAGAUGAUGAUUCAAUGUGGGCAGACACGUAAUCGCAAUUAUUUCAGCGCACAUCUGGUGUAUACGUGAUUCAGUCUGAUUUGUUUUGCUCCCUAGUUUAUACCUACAUAGAAUUAUUAAAGAAAUGUCUUUUGUUUUUGUUUGUUUUUUUUUUUCUUUUCUAAAGCAUUCAGGCUCGACUCAUAAAUCUGCUGUACCUUCACAAGUAGUUUUCAUUUGCAGCUCUUAAACUUCCUUAAAUCCAAUUGAGGAUUUCUCAUCAUCUACAAUUCAAUUACCUUCGCACUGUAAUAAAAAAAAAAAAAAAAAAAAAGUUAUUACGUCUGCCAAAUGUAUGGUAGUUAGUUCAUGAUGAGAUCGUGUUUAUCAUUAAUAACCCUCUAUUGGGUAGCUCCUCCUCCUGCUCUGACGUCAGGCACACGCAGGAGGAGGAGUGAGGGAUCAUUCAGCGACUCGACUCAUUCACAGAAAUCUAACACACACACACACACACACACACAUACAAACACAUAUACACACACUAACACACACAUAUACAGGCAACAUGAGCUCAGCAGCUAUAUCACUCUGCUCCAGCAGCUCACUACACUGUGGAACAGCUAAUGGAACAGCAGGGAGUCAGCUGUCUACGCCUCGCUCGGGCAAGUCCCCGAGUCCGUCUCCCACCAGCCCAGCCAGCCUCAGGAGACGACGGAGCUCCCAGCACAGCGGCUCAUCUCUCUCUCUGGCUUCUACUAAAGUGUGCAGUUCCAUGGAUGAAGGUGAUGGUCCUGCUAGUGAAGCUGAGGUGGUGGACGAAGGCCCUCAGGUUCCUGCCUCUAUAGCUGAGAGGUACAAGGUGGGAAGGAUGAUUGGAGAUGGCAACUUCGCUGUGGUGAGGGAGUGUGUGGAGAGAUCCACGGGCCGAGAGUACGCACUCAAAAUCAUCAACAAGGGCAAAUGUAGGGGCAAGGAACAUAUGAUCCAGAACGAGGUGUCCAUUUUAAGGAGGGUGAAACACCCCAACAUAGUCCUGCUGAUCGAGGAGAUGGACACCUACAGUGAGCUCUACCUGGUCAUGGAGCUAGUCAAGGGUGGUGACCUAUUCGAUGCCAUCACAUCCACAAAUAAGUACACUGAGAGGGACGCCAGUGGGAUGCUGUACAACUUGGCCAGCGCCAUAAAGUACCUGCACAGCCUGAACGUGGUGCACAGAGACAUCAAACCCGAGAACCUGCUGGUCUAUGAGCACCAGGAUGGCAGCAAGUCUCUGAAGCUGGGGGAUUUUGGCUUGGCCACGGUGGUAGAUGGACCUCUGUACACCGUGUGUGGCACUCCGACAUACGUAGCUCCAGAAAUCAUCGCAGAGACGGGUUAUGGCCUGAAGGUGGACAUCUGGGCGGCCGGUGUUAUUACCUACAUCCUGCUCUGUGGCUUUCCUCCUUUCCGUGGGAGCACUGAAGAUCAGGAGGCUCUGUUUGAUCAGAUUCUCACAGGACAGCUAGAUUUCCCUCUGCCAUAUUGGGACAACGUGUCUGACUCUGCGAAGGAGCUCAUCACGUGUAUGCUGCAGGUGGAGGUCGAGCAGAGAUACACAGCUCUGCAGGUUUUAGACCAUCCGUGGGUCAACGACGACGGCUUGUCUGAGAACGGUCAUCAGCUGUCAGUGGCUGGAAAAAUAAAGAAGCACUUCAUCACAGGGUCCAAGUCCAGCAGCACAGUGCCCGGCGUCUCUGUUAUAACAACCACCGCUCUUGAUAAGGAGAGGCAGGUUUUCAGACGAAGACGCCACCAGGAUGUGAAGUCCACCACCGCUCGCGCUCCACACGGCACCUUCCUGUCGAAGCCUCUAGCCGGCCCCAGCCUCACCCCUGCAGAGUUCACGUCCGAGUCUGAGGACUACUCGCCCAGCUCCGCCGAGACCGUGCGCUCCCCAACCUCGCCGUUCUAACAACCCAAAAUCCCUCACCUAGACACACACCCCCUGAACGGGCCCGCAGCGUCAAUCUAGUGUGUGACCGAAUCAAACGUAAACUGGAGUGGUUUAACGAUCUGCCGCUCUCUACGAAACUGCUCUCAUUUGCAUGUUUUGAUCUGGAACACGUCCUGCGAAUCCUGUAUUCAUAAUGUAUUACAAAUGGAUGGAUAAUAAUCUUUCGCUGUACACGGCCUACAUAAUACCUAAAUCCCUACAGUACGCCAUACAUGACCGCUCAUAAGUACUACACCACAUUAUUGAGCUAACCGACGCGAGGUUAAAACACAACGGGGUUGUGUUUUUAUUUAUAAAAGAAUGACGCGUUCUACUUUUUAUCCAUUUCUAGUUACGUUUCAUGUUAAGACAAAAACAUUGUCAUGUUACGUAGAAACCGACCAGAACUAUCAUCAUCUAUAAGUUGCUGUUAUAGAAAUUUAAAACAAUACUUUCUGACCAGUCAGCAUUGAGAAUUCGGCCACUCUCUGAUCUGAUCUGAUCUGAUCUGAUCUGAUCUGCUACACUAUUUGCUGCAAUGCCUCAGACCAUGUACAUGCUUUCGAAAAAUUGUAAUGAACUCUACGAAGCUUUUAGGAACAGAUCAUAUAUUGCCUGUUACUACAUGGAAAAUAAGUAACCUUACAUUAUAGAGUCAUUCGUUUUUUAUUUAUUUUUUAUGCUCGUACGUAGACCUAUUCAUGAGCAUGUUAUUAGGUAUUAUGCAUGUUAUGUAACAGGAGCAUUUGUAAUGCAUUGUGAAUACAAGAUGCAUUAUAAGGUGUUACUGAUCUGUUCUGUUUUAAGGUUAAUAUAAUAAAAUAGUGUAGGUGUAAACUUGUAGCGAGUUCUAAAAAAAAAGAAAAAAAAAAAACAGAAGAAAAAAAAAAGAACCGAUUCAUUUACUCAUUUGGGAAUCUGUACAAGUAUUUCGAAGAAGCACAACGGUUCCUUCAGUCUAAAUUAGUUGCUGAUGUAAAAUUGAAAAACUAUAUAUUAUAUAAGUAUCUGCAUUUAGAGUUUUCCCAGUUGUGCAGGAAAAGCACUAUAGUGAUGGAAAGUUAUACGUUCGGUGCUACAGUGAAGCGACUGCAGCUCAAAGGAAACGUUCUUGUUCCCCACAUUCAGGCUACGUCCCGUUUCCUAAAUCCGUUCAUGCGCCCUCUAGUGGCUGUGUAUAAAAAUAAGUGCAAAUACAUGGAGCGAAAGGUCAGAUGACGGAGUCGCGUAAAGUUCAGAUAGGAUUCUCGCUCUGAUACAGAAACCUACUAGACCUUAAAAAUCUGAAAUCUUCCAUAAGGCCAGACGUCCGCAUCUUUUUGAAUAACUUUUGCAUUUAUGGUUCAACUCGAUUCCCAAAUGCACCCAUUACAUUUUUGUGGAGGUCACUGUUGAGCUCUUGAAAUGUUUGACCAAAAUGUGAUAUGAAAAAUGUAGUAGGUUACGUUAUACCGUUAUAGAGUCAAAUCGUAUUUACUGCUUCAGCUGGUUUAGAAAUCAAUGAGGUCAUUCUUAACUUUUUUUUUAUCGACGGGUGCUAUUUUAAAUAGACUAGAAACGUUUACAAAAUGGCCGAUUCUCAAAUCAUCGAUCAUCUCGAGUGUGCGGGUUUUAAACAUGGUAAGUACCACAAGCUACGAUAUAAAAAUACACUGAAAAGGAAGCAGCUACUGACUUGCACCUCAUCGUAUGAAUCUCAUGCUGCGUCCCAGUUCGCCUACUGCCCGUACUAAAUAGUAUCCGAGAUUAGAAUUAGUGUGACCCAAAUCGUAGUAUGUUGAAACAUCCAAAGACACGCAUGGUAGGCUGACUGGCGUGUCUAAAGUGUCCGUAGUGUAUGAAUAGGUGUGUGAAUGUGUGCGAUUGUGCCCUGCACCCUGUCCAGGGUGUACCCCGCCUUGUGCCCCAUGCUCCCUGGGAUAGGCUCCAGGUUCCCCGUGAUCCUGUAGUAAGGAUAAGCGGUAUAGAAGAUAGCUGGAUGGAUGGAUGGAUAGUAUAAACCAGAGGUGUCCAAUCUUAUCCAGAAAGUGGCGGUAUGGGUGCAGGUUUUCAUUCCAGCCAAGCAGGAGCCAUAUAUAAAUGAUAUAAUGAAUGAAGAAAAGUUGAAAUGCAACAAGGAGUUUGUUUACGGUGACGGUGCAUGUAACCCGGCAACAACAUUCUCUACCGUUACAUGACGUGUUACAUGACGUGUACUCGCGUACUAGUUUGCUACACACUCAAAAGUAUGUACUUUUUCUACACACGAAGAGUACACACUUUUAGUGCAUAGUAUAAGUAGGCGAAUUGGGACAUAGCAUCAGAAUUUCACUGCAAACAAAAUGGCCACU